CAGAGCCGGGGUCGUCAACACUCUGGAAGUGGGGAGUAGCCCUUCCAGGCCGACCCACAGCCUGCGGCUGUAACGUCACAGGAAGGGUUGCGGUGUUUGCGUGCUCCUGGGAGCCCGAGUGGCCAGAAUCUUCAUUCCUUCUUCACCAGCCUUACGAUAAGCAGACAUGUGGAAGCAGGCGACUGUCGCCCUCCUGUUGGUGGUCGUGGUGGUCCCGACGGCCGAAGCGGACGCCAGCACCUACGGCCACCACCCGACGCCGUACAAGCAGCCCGCCUACUACCCCAGUCGGUACCACCAGUAUCCGUAUACAGCUGAUCGCGUCUCUGCCGUCGACAACUUCUUCAAAGACGGCUUGGCAGACAUCGGCCUGAAGAUGGUCAUCCUGCUGGCGGUCAGCUACGUGGCGUUCUCAAUAAUCGCCUCGCUGGGCGUCCUGGCGGACAACGAGCGCCGCGGCCUGCCCGUGGCCGGGCUGGACACCAUCGACGCGCUGGAGCGGCUGCAGAAGGCGUUCGACACCUUCAGCGGCCACUAGGAAAGGGUGCGGUCCCCUACCGCCGGACUCUGGAGCAGCGUUCCGCUUCACCGACCACCGAGGUCAAGGCCACGGCUCGGCAUUGCCACCCGCUGGGGACCACGGCUCGGCGUGACCCCCCGCUGGGGCAAGGCCACGGCUCGGCCGGAGAUGCCCGAUUGGUGCCGGCGGUCGGCCGGCAGUUGUUACAUGUUUGGGAAACGAUCCCACCAUCAGUCUUCACCUGUAUCUCUCGUUUGUUUUGUUGACGCGUGGGCUUAUUUAACCUGACGCAGACGGGUUUCGCGGGCAUUGUGUGGGCCCUGCCUUGGGCACCGUGCCGCCAGCGGGGUAAUGUGCGGACCACGCAUUGUAUGUGCAACGCACAAAGUAUCGAUACAUACAUGUACGAAGCCAU